CAAAAGCGAAUAUCGGAUUAAUUUAUCCAAAACGGCAUUGAAGGAGGAUCUUGAAUCAAUCAGGAAGGGUGUUAAAAUAGUAAUUGGAUUGAUCGUGGGGUUAUUAAGGGAUAGGAUUACAAUGUGUGAUGAGCAUGAAAUUAAGAAACGCCGUAUUCAAAAAGCUAACAAAUAG